AUUGUGAUGAUGAAAAAGGGAUGAAAUGUACCUUGUAAUAGUUGCUGUCUUGGUUAGCACCUUUCACUGCACAGAAGGACUUUUGGUCUUAGAACAUUACCCAAAAGCAAAUCAUCUUGUCACAAAACUUGGUAUUGGAAAGUCUAUCCUGUCAUGUUCAGUUGAAUCCGAUCGACCAUUUAAGUUGGAAUGGUUUAAAGAUGGUAAAGCUAUAAACCUAACAAAACAACCGCCAUGGUCUUACCCUUUCUCAGACGGCUCUGGUUUGUCGUUAGUUCAAUGGCCAUAUUUAAACAACCUCUCACGCGGUGUGUAUGAAUGCAGGGCAUCAAAUGGCGUUGAUCUUACAGUUAGUCAUAAAGUGAAAUUUACCCCUAUCAUUGAAAAACAUUUACCACUUGGAUUUCCAGUGAUUACGAAACCCUUACCACCACUUCAAAGGUAUCCAAAAAGACUUUAUGGUACCAACAUAACAUUGCAUUGCAAUGCUGCAGGGAAGGGCGUGUUGGACAUUGGUUGGUUUAUAGAUUACGAACCUUUCCAUAAAAGAAGAGAUGUUUGGAAGAAAGGUGAAGGAUUCGAUUACUGGUUCAGUCAAGAUAACACAAAGUUGAAAAUUUACAACUUGAAGAAAAUGACAUCAUCCUUUAUAUCGUGUUUUCUUUCAAAUGAAAUUGGAAUACAAGAAGCGGGAAGGUUUCACCUUUAUUCAAUUCCACCUGAACAAACUAACAAUUCUACUCAACCUUAAUCUUAAAUGGUUAACCAUAUGAAAUAUGACACCGCGACGUCGUACAUUUUGAUACCUUUGGUCAAACUAAUGAUCAUUAACUUACACUUAUUGAAAUAUAUGACGCACAACUUUACUUUGAAAAGUAGGUAAUAAAAAUGUAGACUUUAAUCCUAUUUAUGCCAGGAUUUUUUUGGAACUCUAAGAAGUCAGGAGAUCAAUAAUAUUCGCCGUCGCCAUUUUAUUAAAUGUACGACAUCAUAUAUUACUGAACCUAAAAAAUCGUCAAAACUUUGAAGCAUAAGCAUUUUUA